AUGGACGAAGACCAAGGCCCCUCGGCCAUCGUGCCCGGCGAAGGCCCCCAUCGCACCCUCACCUCCCGCCUGCACACCCUCAAACGAACCUUCCUCACCCGCGACGGUCUCAUCGGCGACUACGACUACGCCUUCCUCUUCCGUCCCAACCUCCCCUUCAUGCGCACCGAGAACCGCGCCCCGCCCUUCUUCGGCCUCAACGACAAGAUGCCCGUGGUCCUAGCCCUCGUCCUCGGCUUCCAACACGCCCUGGCCAUGCUGGCCGGUAUCAUCACCCCGCCUAUCAUCAUCGCUGGGGCCGGCGGGGUGAAUCUGACGGCGGACCAGACGCAGUAUUUGGUGUCGACGGCGUUGAUUGUGUCUGGGCUGUUGUCUGCUGUGCAGAUAACCCGGUUUCGCAUCUUGAAGACGCCUUAUUUCCUUGGUACGGGUCUGAUCUCGGUCGUUGGUAUCUCCUUCGCUAUCAUCCCUGUGGCGUCGGGCGCGUUCGCGCAGAUGUACGCCAACGGGUUCUGUCCUUUGGCAGAGGACGGGACGAAGCUGCCGUGUCCCGAUGCGUACGGGGCGUUGUUGGGGACUGCGGCGGUGUGUUCGCUGUUGGAGAUUCUGAUCUCGUUUGUCCCGCCCAAGGUGAUACUCAAGGUGUUUCCACCGAUCGUCACGGGCCCGACGGUGAUGUUGAUUGGGAUUAAUUUGAUUGCGUCUGGGUUUAAGGACUGGGCUGGGGGGUCCGGGCCGUGUGGGGAUGCGAACCCGGCUGAGUUCUUUGUGAAGUGUCCGAAUGUUGCGGCGCCGCAUGCGUUGCCGUGGGGGUCGGCGGAGUUUUUGGGUCUGGGGUUCUCGGUGUUUCUCGCUAUUAUUCUCUGCGAGAGAUUUGGUUCCCCGAUCAUGAAGUCCGUCAGCGUCGUUAUUGGUCUCCUGACGGGGUGUAUCAUCGCCGCGGCGUGUGGGUAUUUCGACCGGUCUGGCAUCGACAGCGCUCCUGCGGCGAGCUUCAUCUGGGUGCAUACUUUCAAACUGACCGUCUACGGGCCGCUUGUGUUACCGCUGUUAGCCGUGUACAUCAUCUGUGCCUGCGAGGCGAUUGGGGAUAUCACGGCCACGUGUGAUGUCUCGCGGUUGGAGGUCGAGGGGAAGGUGUAUGAGACGCGGAUUCAGGGUGGUGUGUUGGCGGACGGUGUGAAUGGGCUGCUGGCUGCGCUGGCGACUAUCACGCCUAUGACGACGUUUGCGCAGAAUAAUGGUGUUAUUGCCCUGACCCGGUGUGCGAACCGCACGGCUGGGUACUGCUGCUGCCUCUUCCUCAUAAUAGCCGGCAUCUUCACCAAAUUCGCCUCGGCCCUCGUCGCCAUUCCCUCCGCCGUCCUCGGCGGCAUGACCACCUUCCUCUUCACCUCCGUCGCCGUCUCCGGCCUGGCCAUCAUCGCCCGCGGCGUGGUCCCCUUCACCCGCCGCAGCCGCUUCAUUCUCGCAGCCGGUCUGUCCCUAGGAUACGGCGCGACGCUGGUGCCGACGUAUUUCAGCCAUGUUUUCACGUAUUCCGGGGAGGACCGGGCGCUGCAGGGGUUUUUGGAGGCAAUUGUGUUGGUUAUGGAGACUGGGUUUGCGGUUACGGCGUUUGUGACGGUGGUGUUGAAUUUGAUGUUGCCGCAGGAGAUUGGGGAGGAUGAUGUGGUUACGUUGGAUGAUGGGUUGGAGAGGGAACGGUCGAGGGGGGUAGGGGCUUCUGGAGUUGGAGCGGGUGUGGGUGUGAGUGGAAAGGAGGAGAGAGCGAGUGGGAGUGGCAGUGGGGGUGAGGGGAGUGAGUUGAAGGGAGAAAAGGCGGCGUGA